UCCACCCUGGGGAACUGGCUGACAUGCACCAGCUUUUGCCAGACAGCCUUCAUGAAAAACAAACUAUACUUUUUUAAAGAAAAUGCAGACUCGUUACAUUUACCUAUGUAGUUGUUAUAUAGCUAAAUGAACGAGCUACGCUUUAGACUUAUGAUAUUAACGUCCCUGUGCUACAGUCAUGAAACCACACUGAGAUCUGGUCAAACGUAAACCACACCCCCAACACACAUAAAUCAUCAUUUGUUUUGCCCAUCAGACAGUUUCCUCCUCCUCUCUCACCUGGUACACAGCAGCAAUGCUUCAGUUUAUAACUUUGCCUUUGUCUUUCUUCAUGGCUGGUUUGCUCUCAGAGACUCUGUGCUCUUUAACUGUGGAGGUGGAAGCUGGAGAUAACGCCACUGUUUGGUGCCAACAUGAGCUGAGUGUUACAGGUUCCAUCUUCUGGUAUAAACACACGUGUGGUUCAGUUCCACUUCUUCUUGGGUGUAAACAGUUUUUUGCGUCUCGUCCAUCAAAGAAUUGUGAGUUGUUUACUGAAAGUGAGCGAAUAGUGAUGUCUGUUCAUGAGAAGAACACGUCUCUCACCAUCACUGCAGUAAAUGUCUCUGAUACAGGACUGUAUUACUGCAGCUUCAUGAAACGGGUCAUGAUGGCCUUCAGCAACUCGACCUUUUUACAUGUGAAAGAUGGAAAUAAAACAAAUAAGAACUCAGAGAGAAUAAAAGGUUCAGUCUCUUCUCCUGUGUUCUUCGUGCUGACUGCAGUGUUCGGUGCAGUGAUUCUUCUCAGUGUCCUGAUCUUCAUCAUACUGAAGUACAGAGAAACACACAGAGGUGAUAACGCUGAUAAACAUGAUGAUGAGGAGCAGGAGGCUGAUUCAGUGAAUUACGCUGCUCUACAGGUAUCUCAGAGGAAAAUCAGAAAGACAGGCGGACAUGGUGAAAUUCUGGAUACACAUGUUAUAUAUUUGGCUAUCAGAUAAUAAUCUAGUAAUAUUG